UAUCAAAAACAAUUUAAUCUUUUAGAAAUCAACAACAUUUCAAAAAACACCCUACAACAUGUUCAAAUACGCCGUUGUUAUCUUCGCUGUAAUUGCUUGCGCUGCUGCCAAACCCGGUUUAAUUGGUGCUCCUUUGGCUUACACUGCUCCCGCCGCUGUUGUAGCCGCCCCUGCUCCCGUAAUUACCGCCACCAGCAGCCAAGUUAUCGCCCGUAAUUAUAAUGGUAUUGCCAGCGCUCCCAUUGUUGCCCCUGUUGCUGCUCCCGUCGUUGCUAAGACUGUUGCUCCCGUAGCUGUAGCUGCUCCUUUGGCUUACUCUGCCCCUGUUGUAGCUAAAUAUGCUGCCGCUGCUCCUUUGGCUUACUCUGCCCCUGUUGUAGCUAAAUAUGCUGCCGCUGCUCCUUUCGCCUACUCUGCUCCUUUAACUUAUGCUGCUGCUCCAGCUCCAGUUUUGUUUUAAAUAUUAAGGACAAUAGAUGGUGGAGUUUUGAAUGGAAGACUGACAUGUUGAAAUAAAUUAUUUGAAAUAGUUAUUAAAAA